UGAUGUAAGAGACAUCUGUCCGUGCAGUCAGGGAGAAGACCUACAUUAUUUUUGGUCACAGAUGCGGAAGGAGUACGAUGACGCAGACCUCGGCCUCCUCUCUGAAAAUAUCAAAUAAACAGGCUGCACUUGUGUAACUCAUCUCCAUAAUUACCCCCUUCAGAGGAGGCGGUAUUUAAACACCUGCUCCCAUGGUCCUACACCAACCUCAGGUUCCGGGGUUCCAGUCAGGAUGAAGACAGAGAACUCAGUCCCUGUGGUUCCGUUCUCCGGGAGGAAGCAGAGUCUGAUCGAAGAUGCUCGCCGAGAGCGCAGCAGCAACGCCGGGGGUGGAGGCCCCUCGGUGGGCUCCCCGGGGCCCUCCAAGAACGGAGACGGCUUUGUGUUUGAGGAGAAGCACGGCAUGGUGACGCUCAACGUCCUGUUCACGCUGAGCAGCACGAAGAACGCUGGCUUCUUCAAAACAGGGAAAAUUUUCGAGACGUUUGAGGCCAAACUUCUCCACAUUGAGAGUCGUCCAGGCAGGAAGUGGAAGAACAGCAGCGCGGACCUGGAGUUCUUCAUGAGGUGUGAGGUUCACAGCUCAGACCUGGACGUUUUCAUCAACGCUCUGAAGAGAGUGGCCGACGAGGUUCGCUCCAUACCAGAGGAAAAGGGUGGGAACAAAGAAAAAAAACUCAGACAGUAAUCCAUGUUAUCAUUGUUGUUGAUUCAGAUUCUUUUUUUAAUGAUUUAUUAGAAUUAAAAACAAUAACCCAGGCUAAUGAUGAUGAGUCCCCCUUCCUCUCCCCCCACAGUCCCCU